GCCUUCCUCCCUUCGAUGGAAAAUGGCGUCCGCGCUGCUUCGGCCUCUGUUCCUUGAGGGCUCCCACCGCUUACUCUCUGCCGCGCCGGGACGCGUCGCGCUCCGCCCUCAGCCGCGCCGAGAUAAGCAGCGUUGGGUCCGCGCGUAUGUGGAGCAGCAGCGGCUGCUCGAGACCCCGAGGCCCCGGUGAGAGAAGAAGGGGGAAGGAGGAUGCCUGCCUGCCUGUUGGGAGGAUGGAGGCUUAGAAAGAGCGGGGACGAGGGCUGCUCGCCUUUCCCGCCCGUCUCCUUCCCUAAGGCAGAGCUUUGACCGUCGGCUAACGAGCAUCCCUGGCCUAGUAGGGCUGCUGCCUUCGCUUGCUUCUGGGGUUGAGGAGAAAUCAGGAGCCGAACGGGUUUCUUUGGCGGGAUGCGUGUCAGAAACUCUGGAAAGGAAGAAAGGAACGUGGGAAUGGCAGGGUUUUUGUCCCCCGCCCCCAAAACAGGCUGUUUCAAACAGCCCCGUCUUAUCUCUUUGCCGGGCUUGCAAAGUGACUUCUUUUGAGGAGGUGGGCUGGCGAGAGAGACGGGUUGCCGCGGUCAGUCGUGGAGUAUUUUAUUUUUAGUUAUUUUAAUUAAUUAAUUUCAUUUUUUUAAAAAUUACCACUUGAUUGUAGGGCGGGGUAGGGGUGGGGAAAGAGAGAAGCCUCAAUGCUGCUUAUGAAAAAAUAAUAAUAAGGUUAUAUUGCUAAAACCUCCGCAGCCAUAAUUUGAAACAGGCAGGAAGUUAAAAAGCAUGAUAACGUAAAUUAAUACUCACACAUUUUUUUUCUAAACCUGUGGAUAGGCUUGCCUAAAUAAGAAUGUCUUCAGCAGGCAUCAGGGCAAGUGCCAGCCUGAUGUUGUUGUUUAGUCGUUUAGUCGUGUCCGACUCUUCGUGACCCCAUGGACCAGAGCACGCCAGGCACUCCUGUCUUCCACUGCCUCCCGCAGUUUGAUCAAACUCAUGCUGGUAGCUUCAAGAACACCAUCCAACCAUCUCAUCCUCUGCCGGCCCCUUCUCCUUGUGCCCUCCAUCUUUCCCAACAUCAGGGUCUUUUCCAGGGAGUCUUCUCUUCUCAUGAGGUGGUCAAAGUAUUGGAGCCUCAGCUUCACGAUCUGUCCUUCCAGUGAGCACUCAGGGCUGAUUUCCUUAAGAAUGGAUAGGUUUGAUCUUCUUGCAGUCCAUGGGACUCUCAAGAGUCUCCUCCAGCCCCAUAAUUCAAAAGCAUCAAUUCUUUGGCGAUCAGCCUUCUUUAUGGUCCAGCUCUCACUUCCAUACAUACAUCACUACUGGGAAAACCAUAGCUUUUACUAUACGGACCUUUGUUAGCAAGGUGAUGUCUCUACUUUUUAAGAUGCUGUCUAGGUUUGUCAUUGCUUUCCUCCCAAGAAGCAGGCGUCUCUUAAUUUCGUGGCUGCUGUCACCAUACUGGUUGGUAAAAAUAUGGUAGGGAAGGAGGGCUGUCAUAGUGUCUAAAAUGAGAGGCUCCCCAUACGUAUAAGAGUGCAUGGGUGAAACUGGGAUUUAUUUUAGGGGGGGCGGCUUUGUGGAGGGGCACAAAAUGUGAGUUAUCUGCAACACAAUUGGUCAGUUGUCUAUUUAUUUAUUUAGUUGAAGGGGGUGCAGCUGCCUCCCCCCGGCUACACUCAUGUAAUAGUGUGUACUGUAUGUAUUUCCUCUGCAUCCACAAAGGCUUCAAGGUGGCUCCCGCCCUAUGACAUCAGUUUUUGGGGAGAGAACACUUAUAAUCAGAUGCAUGGAAUAUCAACUUGAGUUGAGAUGACAGGUAUUUCAAUCAAAACCAUAGCUCAUCACAAUAUAGAAUAAAAAAGCCAUAAAUCAUCACAGUACAAAAUGCUAUAAUGAGGGGAUAGGUAAAACUGGAAUUGAUUAUAAUCUAUAAAAAGUGACUUAAUUGAAAAUUUGUAGUCAGCCUUUCAAAUGGCAUACUUACCAACUGGCUAAGCUGGACUUACUUGCCACACUUGUUCCAAAUUUUAGUGUGUAAGUAACUAUUGACCAUAGUGAAAAAUACAUGGAUUUCUCCCAUUAUGGACUAAAAGUCAAUUAUUUCCGAUAAAGCAAUGCAUCAUUCACUUACAUUUUAGCCAGUAGUUAAAUACCUGCUGAGGACUCAUGCUGAGGAUUCAAAGUAAGGAUUCAAAGUAGAGCAGAGUGAUAUAAGGAAAAGGUUAAGAAACACUAUACUGUAUUGCUUGAGAGUGUUUUUUCAUUCUUGAUCUGUGGGAAGAGGCAUGGUGUCACAGUGAGGCAACUCCAGCAGUAUGACACUGCAAAGGCUUUCAGAAUGUCUGACAGGGAGUGCAAAGUAGGCAGGAGUUAAACAAGCCAACCGCAUGAAACAAGCCAAGAGCUGUUUGAUUGUAUGUGGGGUGACUUGUCCUUGUUUAAUAAACAAUGGCUUGAUUAACAAUAGUUUCACUUUGGCUUAGCAGGAUGUGCAAACCAGACCGAAGCAUUUGAUUUCUACAUGAAUUUUAUGCCUGCCUUUUCGCCACUUUGUUCAACAUUAGACAGUUUACCCUUGCAUAAAUUAAUGUACAGUAAAUUAAAGCUUAUGUAAUUAAAGAUAGUGGAUGAUAUUCAACUAAGUCAUAAUAAGAGUAGAGCCAUUGAAAUUAAGGGACUAUGGGUUCAUCAGAUUCUCUCUUCCCAAAAUGUUUAAGCUAACAGCAAAUAACUUGUGUUAUUGGGCAUAAUGCAUUAUUAAGCUUUGCAUUCUUGCACUCAAGGUUUUCCUAAACUGUCAGAAACAAAACAUGGAACAAUUGGGAAUGUAAUAUUUGUUUUGUAAAAUCUAGUUCAGAAUGAUCGGCUAGAGUUGGGUUGGACAAUCUGUGGUUGGACUCCAUCAGCCCCAGCUGGCACGGCCAGUAGUCAUGGAUAAUGAGGGUUGUAAUCCGACAACAUAGCAGGGCCACAUGUUCUCCAUCCCAUUCAAAUGCCUGUCAUUAUUGUUUUCUUGCUUUUUGUCAUUAUUUAGCUCUGAGAAACCUAACUGGGAUUACCAUGCAGAAAUACAGGCUUUUAGCCACCGGUUACAUGAGAAGUUUUCAUUGGAAUUCCUCAAAACUGCAUUUGUUAACUGUUGUUAUAUUAAACAAGAAGAGUCGAGACGCCAAGAACUGGGACUAGACAAAGAAGCAAUUGCCCUUAAUCUCAAGGAUAAUAAUGAACUUUCUCUGAAGGGUGUCUCUUUUUCACGAUCUUACCUCACGCGGUGCUUGGAAGAAGCCUAUCCAAAAAUUCCACAAGCUGGCAUUGAGGCACUUGUUAACUUUCUUACCAGUGAGGAAUUAGUGUCUUAUUUGGCCAGAAACCUGUCUCUACAAGACUUCACACUUUGCGCAGAAUUUCCUGUGCCACCUAAUGUGCUUCAGAAGACUUUCUUUGCUGUAAUAGGAGCAUUGCUUCAAAGUAGUGGCUCUCAGAGAACAGAGGUCUUUGUGAGGGUAAGUUAUUGUGCAAUAUAACAUGGUUAUGUAUAGCGUAAUUAAUAGUUCUUUGGCACCCAUCCAUGACUACAGUGCUCUCUCUGUCAUAACACUUAAAAGAAUGAUAAAUUGCAUUCUGCUGCCCAAGCGUAUAGUGUGUAAUCUCCUACAACCAUCCUCUUAGCUUUAACUCCAUGUGUGUGAUUGAAGUAGAGACAAUGCUGCAAGCAGCUUAUGGCAGGCGUGUUUGCAAAUCAUGCCCAAUAAAACCAAUGUUGCACCUAGAAAAUAGAACCUAUAUUACAUUAUAUAUUACUGUAUUACCCAAGUUGUAGUUGGGAACUGCCCUGAGAUCUAUGGAUAUACAGUGGUGCCUCGCAAGACGAAAUUAAUCCGUUCUGCGAGUCUCUUCGUCUUGCGGUUUUUUCGUCUUGCGAAGCACUGCUAUUAGUGGCUUAGCGGCUAUUAACAGCUUAGCGGCUUUAAGAAAAAGGAAACAAACUCGCAAGAACUCGCAAGACGUUUCGUCUUGCAAAGCAAGCCCAUAGGGAAAUUCGUCUUGCGGAACGACUCAAAAAACGCAAAACCCUUUCGUCUAGCGAGUUUUUCGUCUUGCGAGGCAUUCGUCUUGCGGGGCACUACUGUACAAAUUUAAUUAAUUAACAACAAUAUUAAUAAUAAUUCAGGUACAGUGUUUUGACCUCUAUGACCCAGUCUUCUUUUGGCAUGGUGCUUUCAUGCAUUGAUAUCACUCCAACUUACUUUUGAGAAUUGGAUUACGUAUACAAAAUACUAACAGGGAUUUUAAAAUGUAUUAUUUUAAAAAUGUUAAAUGAAGCAUUAAGGUUUGGAAGAGACAAAGGCCUGCAUAUGUACAUUUAAUACAGACAUCUGAAAACUGGAGAGCUCCCACUGCUAAUUACAAAGCAUGCAUAUCCAGCUAUAUUAGUAGAACUUUAAUAGUGUUAUGGCAUUGUUUAUUAGUCUGCUUACAGCACGGACAUGUUUGACUACUGCAAUAAAUAGGGUUCUGGCCUGAGUUUGGGGCAAGGCACUUCACAAAUAUGUGGUUGGGUCUUUGCACUGCCUUCAGGGGUCAGAAGGACCACUAGCUUAACUACCUCUGUCCUUUUAGUGGGUGAUUUCAGAGAACAUGUGAUAUAACUAGCAGGCUGUCUUGUAUGCUUGAUGUCUUUAUCUGCAUGCAGGCCUGUUGGUGGGAACAGGCACCAAAUCGUAAUGACUAGCUUUCUCUGUCCCCCAAAGAGUAUUGCAACGUGUUCAUCUCAGCUGCAUUAAUCUACAAUAAACUUUUUCCUAUUAAUAUGCAAAUAAAAAAUGUCCUUGAUUGUGAAGUGUCUUAGUUCAUCAUAAACAGCAUGAUGUAUCAGCAGUUAGCCUUUGCAGGAAAUGCAGAGAUGUAUCCAACUAGGUUCUACUCAGAGCAAGCUAGUCAUGCAUUCAUUAAUUUUAGUGGAUCUACUCAGAAUAUGACCAACAUUGGAUACAACCCAUAGCCACGUAAUUCUUAACAGUUCUGUUUGACUUUAAAGGAUUGUAUGUUUUUAUUUCUUAACAUUUAUUUUAAAAUAUUAAUCUGUGCUCUGUAUUACUCCCAGCCUGUUGGCUAUCAAGUUUUUCUGUCUUUGAACAAUUAGAAUUAACAAGAUACAUUUAUAACCAUGGUUCUUUGUAACAAUCAUUAUCAAUUAAAAAUACAUACCAGGAAUCAAAGUGAAUUGACAUCUGAAAAUUUUCCAUUUUUAUAUUCAGGACUUCUUUAUUCCUCAAAUGAUAGGAAAAGAUCUGUUUGAGAUGUGGAAUGUUAUGAACCCAAUGGGCUUGCUGCUGGAGGAACUGGCCAAGAGGAAUGUGUCUGCUCCAGAACCAAGACUAACUCGACAGUCAGGAGCUAGCACUGUAUUGCCCUUGUACUUCGUUGGAUUGUAUUGGUUAGUAAGACCUGAGACUGGUUUGAAUGACCUUACUGGCUGUGUAUUGUGAGAUCAUACCUGUCCUGCUUCUAGGCCCACAGGUUGUAUGUGUGGAUGUUGCAUUUGAAUCAGUGCAUGAAAUAUAUCACAGCCUAAGCCCUGACCAUGCAAUCAAUGUAAUCUGGGAAUCAACCAUGGCAUAUUGGUGAGUCAAAUGUGAUGCCCUCACAAGUAGAUCUGCUAGGGCCUGUGAUGUGGCAUUGGCACUCCUAGUGGGCACUUCUACCCCACUUAGUUGGUAAGAUAAUCAGAACUGGCUUUUUAUGUAGUCACAUUUUUUGCUAAGGUGUGAGAUGCAUCUUAUAAAAAAGCUACAUGCUUCUGUUAGUUUCCACUCUCCAAAAAUGUUAGGUAUCAGUGUACCGAUAAAUCUUUCAGCUUGGCAGUUGUACAAGAAAUGUGUGUCAGACUGUUCUGACAGGAGGAGACUUGUCUGGCAUUCUUUAGCCUGAUUCACUGUUCACUUCCUUGAAAUGUCAGUACAGAAAGUGUAAUGUCAAAAUGUUAGGUUGCUGUGAAUGCCUCAGAUUUAGUCUGAUGUAUUUUUAAUCUUUAAAAGGGAGGAGGAGGAGAAUUUAAUUACAUAACCAAGCUUUUGUCUUGACUUUAUCUUAGUCCUACUAUCGGCUUUGUUAUCACUACUGUUUUAUAGUUCAUUCCUAUCUCCUUGUCUUCUCUGAAUGCUUGGAGUAAUCUUACAAAUGCAAUUCUUGGUUGUAUAAACAUGACUGUUGUUUAUUUCCUGCCAAGUACUUAACUGGACUUCAUUCUGAAUUUGUUAGAUCUUGUUACUCAGCAUGUAAGUUGAGGCUCAGUGAAUUAAAAUUGCCUGUGAAUAUUUAUCACAUGGCCCAUAGGGACUUGGACAUACAACUUAGGAAAAAUGAAGGCAGUAUUGUUGUUUCCUUCUAUAUUGUCAUAUAUACAUAGUAAAUGCUGUUUCUGUGCACUCUGGCUUCCAUCAUGGUGUUCUGUUGCACCAGAAGCGGUUUAGUCAUGCUGGCCACAUGACCCAGAAAGCUGCCUGCGGACAAACGCCGGCUCCCUUGGCCUGAAAGUGAGAUGAGUGCUGCAACCCCACAGUAGCCUUUGACAGGACUUAACUGUCCAAGGGUCAUUUACCUUAUUUACCUUUAUCUAUAUGCACAGUAUUAAUUAAUUAAGACUUCUCAUAAAAAUAUUUCCUCUUUUUCAGCGAUAAGAAGCUUCUGGCAGAAGGUACUGCUGAAACAAUAUUAGCAGCUGAAGAAGAGGCUGCACGUGUAGCCCUGCGGAAACUUUAUGGGUUUACUGAGAACAGAAAGCCAUGGGAUUAUUCUUCUCCAAAAUGGGAGCAGAAAGCAGAAAAUGCUAUUAGCAGCAAUUAGGCAGAAAAGGUCACUUCUUUUGUGUGCAAGAAUGCUACAUUUUAGAAGAACAAGAUUUAAUGAGUGAACUAUUAAGAAACUAAGAUUUUGAAAAUACCAGUUUCCCUUACUGCUAAUAAACAUGUUUGUGGUACAUAUUUUUUCUACUAGUUCAUGCAUUAUGGUGUGCUGAAAGCUCUGUUAGACCUUGUGUUGCAUAGGCUCAGAGGAAGUGUGGAGUACUGAGGGAAGUCUACAAUACAAAAUGCUAAUAUAAUUUAGGCCAACACUGUAUUUCAGAUUCCCCUAUAGCAUAAAAUUAACUCAUAAAUAUGAGUUAUAUAACAGCUAAUACUGACUCUGUCUUCUGAACAUCUAUGUGCCACAACAACUUUCAAAAGUUACCCAGCUGUAUAUAUUUUCUC